AUGGUCCGCCAAUCUCAAGACCCCCACCAAGGAGGCAGCCUCUCCGACUUCGCCGUCAGCGGUACUUCCAUCCCCGACGACGCCGGCAAAAUGAACACAAUCCCCUCCGUCCCACGUCCAGACCAACGUGCCGAGCACCCAGCCUACACAAACGCCGGCCUGGCCCAGCCCUCAACCGCCUCCGCAGCAGACAACGCCACCGAUCUGCCCCGUUCAACUCGUGACGUGGGACAGACGGGCGAAGUCCUGACCGGAACGGGGGAUACUCUCCCGGCAAGUAUUGAGUCUAAGCGUGCGUUUAUGGGGACGAAUAUCCCCGGUGGAACGGGAGAUGCGCGGGGGAUGAAGCAUCAUAAUCAUAAUCGGAGUCAGUUUGAUCGGUAUGUUAAGGAGGAUGAGGAUGCGGGGGAGAAUGUUGGGGAGCACAGAUUGAGGAAUGAGUGA